AUGAACGUACAUCCCGAAUCAGCAACACCAACACCAACGCCAAUCUCUACUGCACGACGUUCCUUCUCAAGCGCAUUCGACAAAGCUUUUAUAAGAAGAUCGUCUACAAAAAGGAAACCAGAACAGAAAGUGGCUGAAAGAAUAUCAACUAAAGAAAUGUCAGGCAAGCCAAACACAACGGGAAAGACAACAGGAAAGACAACAAUAUCCCAAACAAAGCUACCAUCAAUAAAAUCCAAACUAGCAAAAAAACCACGUUCGAAAUCCCAACCGCUAGCACAAAAGCCUAUUCUCUCACUAAGAACCUCUUUAUCAUCAAUAAAACUCUCGUCGUCUUCAGCUAAUCCAACAAUACCCUCCGCAACCUCAACCUCGCCCACAACUUCAUUUUUUCCAUUUUUUUCAUCGCGUCCCUCUUCUCCUGUACCGAGUCUGAGUCAACGUCCGACUUCUAUCGCUUCCGAAAUUGCAGAAGAUUUACAACGACCACAAUCAACCCCCCCAAUACUAAACCGAUCUCCAUCGACUCCGGUUUUACGCUCUCCCAUAAGAGUGACAUUCGGAUUCAAACGAAGAGAACUGCCAACUAUACAUGACACUAUGAAUAGCUCGUCAGUUCAUUCUCCACCUACGUUGCCAGCCAUUGCAUUUUCUUCUCUCGGGGCCGAAUGGAAUGCUGAUGCUAUGAUGGACACGGAAAGUAACAAGACAAAGCAAGGAGCUGAAGAGGAAGCAGAAGGAAAAGAGAAAGUUUCACAAGGACAAAAAGAAGAAUUACAAAAUAGUCAGGAAGGGAAAUCACUAGUAAUAAACGAGGAAGCUGUAACGGUUGAAGAGAAAGACAAUGGAAGUAAUGUGGAUGGAGGAGAAAACGACGAUCAUAUAAUAGCACCGUCUUCAUCGACGGCUGUAAGCAAACAUCUCUCGUCCACAUCCACUUCUUCGUCUGUGUAUUCGCUUCCAUCGGCAACAGCAUCCAUCUCUUCGCCAACACUUUCCCCUUCACUCCUUUCGCCCCCACUUGUACCAUCUUCUUCCUCUUCUUCCUACUCCUCAUCACCAUCAACUCCGGAACCUCACGAGCAGCUUGACAUAACUGCCUUUCUAGCCGCACCUCGUUUGACUCAGCGCGUGCGAUUAAAAUCCGGACGUGUCGUGUCAUUUUCGGAAGUAGGCGACCGUGAUGGUUUCCCUGUUUUCGUCUUUCUUGGAAUGGGAUGCGUUAGAUAUUUUAUCGCCUUUUUUGACGAUUUGGCGAGUAGUUAUGGAUUGAGGUUGAUAUGUCCGGAUCGUCCUGGAGUUGGAUUAUCGGAUGAUGUCAGUGCUGAAGAUCAACAGAUUUUAAGGUGGCCUGAUGUAAUCGAUGAACUCUGUGACAUAAUAGGCAUUAAGAAAUUCUUUAUAAUGGCCCAUUCGGCUGGGGCACCACACGCUCUUACCUGUGCAUUGAAGCUACCGCACCGUCUGCAAGGGACAAUAUAUCUAGUCUGCCCAUGGGUUUCCACUACUGUCGCAAAUAACUUUAAGUGGUUAAGAUUUGUACCCACGUCUAUUAUGAAGCUCACGAAUACAGCCGGGAUCUCAUUACAACAACUACUAUAUGGACGCAGUCCAUAUGCCAUGAAGCCGUCGCAUAGAAAUUCGGGUGCUCUCGCGACGCCAAUGACGAGUUUGGAAAAAAAGCAGCGUUUGGGUCUUGCCAUACUCAAAGCCUCGUUCGCAGAAAACUUGUCAGGUGCCAACAAUGACCUAGUGAUGUGCUUCGAAAGGAAAUAUCCCUUUGGUUUUUCAUACACGGAUGUAAACCAUCCAGUACAUGUAUUUCAUGGAACAAAAGAUGAGCGAAUUCCAGUAUCUGCCGUCAAAUGGAUGGAGGAGAAUAUGCCGGAUUGUAGACUAACAUUGAUCGAGGGUGGAAAGCAUUCACUGCUAUUGAGAGCAGAAGUAGUGGAUUCCAUAUUCAAAAGCAUUGCUGUUCAAUUGCAUGUUAAGGAUGAAUGUAGGCUUUGCAAGAUUUCGUCUAAAUGUUGGUUGAUGGAUGAGACGGAAUUGGAGAGGACGGAACUGUUGGUGACACGAGAGCUCAUCGGGGAACUUGACGAUAAGGAUGUGGAUGAUUGUGAAGAUGAUGUUGUGAAUGUAAACAAUAGCAAUCAAAGUAACAGCAAGUCUAUAUUAGUCGUUCCGGACUUUAGUUUCCCUUCGCGCUUUCGUCAUAAAGAUAAGCGUCAAGCAGUAUAUAUAUCCGACGCAUCCCAAAAGUCUGAAUCAGACUCUGUUUCUGGAACAGAAAUCAUCCUCUCGCCUGAUAAUGAAGUUCCAAAAGCAGCAGAAAAGUUGGUUUCUGUGUAUAGUUAUUUCUAG